UUACUUUUAGUUUGAUGUCGGAGCCUCGACGAGCCGGUUGUAAGCGUGACUUUCGUUUAAUUCUACUUUAUUAUUGUUGUUGUUCGCCGUCGACGUCGUCGCGCUCGACGUUGCCUCGUGUGUGAUUGUGUGUGCGUGUGUGUCUGUUGGUGUUGUGUGUUUUGUCUCUGUGUGUGUUUAGUUUAAGCGAAAUUGAAAGUUGUACAUUUUGCUACCCCCAAAAAGUAAAGCGCUGCAUACAAUCGCGCGCUCAUACCAACGUGUAUACGCGAGUGUGAGUGUGUACCUCGCCACACCACACCAACCAAAAACCAACCCCCACCAACAAUCGUAGCAACAACAACAAAAACAACAACAGCGGCAGCUACAAAAACAAAUCCAGCCAAGUUAGCACCACCCACUGUAGAAAAGCGCUGCAUAGUCAUCGUCAUCGUCAUCGCCCAUCGCCUGUUUCUGCUUCUCCAAUUCGAUCGUAUUUCAAUUUCUCAGGCUCGACGCAACGUUUAUGUUACAGUUACAGUUCUUGUUGGUGUUGUUUAGUGCAAUUUGAAAACAACCAACAAAAAAGCGAAAGUGUUACACAAGCCCCAAAAUAUAAUAACGGGCAGUGAGCAGAAGCUCUAAAAACCAAAAGGCAGCAAUUCCACACAGGCAUCGCGGCUCCUGCCUGUGUGUGUGUGUGUGCGCGCGUGAGACUGCGGCCUGUGCGUGUAUGCGUAAAUCUCUGUUAACAACAUAAAACUGUCAUGAUGAAUUUCUCCGCAUUCGGCGGCCCUUUCUCUGGCAUUCAUCAGUUUGCCGCUAAAUUUGAUGCACAAACACCGGGCGCAUUUGGUACGCCGCCGGUGAACUCUGCGGCCGCUGCAGCGGGCAGCGACAAUCAUGUGCAGCGCUAUCAGACCAAUGGCAAUCAUUUCAAUCAGAAUGUGCCCAACGUUUCGGCGGCCAAUAAUAUGCAAUAUGGUCAAAAUAUAUCCAUACCAUACUCGCAGCCGCAGAGUGAUCUAAACUUUCUGAAUGCGGCCGCUGCAGCGGAUCAUAAGGGUAAAAUCCAUCCAAAAAUUGAACGUGACCGGGAAGAAGUGCUCAAUCAGCAAAUCUUACAGAAUGUCAAUCAAUCGUGGCAAACGCUGGCCAAUACGGCCAACACGGUCGACUACUCAUCGCAUUUGCUAUCCGCAACACUGCCAAUCUCCAUACAGCACUUCCUCAAGUAUUCGGAAACAAUAAAGAAGGAGUCCACGGGCGAUGUCCUCAAGAAUGGCACCAAUUUGGCCAGUUUGGCGCUGGGGGGCGUCGCACUAACGCCCAGCAAUAAUGGCGCCAAUGGCGGUGGCCAUCACAAUGGCGGUCUGGUGGGCAUGGAUCAUGGCGGCCACAUGACCAGCAUGACGGAUGCGAAUGGCUCGGCGCUGGCCAAUGGCGGUGCCAGCAACGGGGUCAAUGGCAAUGCGAAUGGUGCGGUUAGUAAUGGUGCCGCCGUCUCGAGCACCGCGGCGGUGGGCACCACAAAUGCCGCAGGGGGCACCACCACCACCGGCAAGAAGACCAAAAAGAAGAAACCGCCAAAGGAGAAGAAGCCACGUCCCAAGCCCGGCGAAAUACGUGAAACGAAAGCGUUGGACGGCUCCACGCUCUACUGUUGCCCCGAAUGCCAGAUGGCCUAUCCGGAUCGCAGCCUGAUCGAGCAGCAUGUCAUCUCGCAUGCCGUCGAGCGGCGCUUUGUCUGCGAUAUCUGCAAUGCGGCGCUAAAGCGCAAGGAUCACUUGACCAGGCACAAGUUAUCCCACAUACCGGACAGGCCGCAUGUGUGCAAUAUCUGCAUGAAGUCCUUCAAGCGCAAGGAGCAGCUCACCUUGCACAUUGUCAUACACUCGGGUGAGAAGAAGCACGUCUGCAUUGAGUGCGGCAAAGGUUUCUAUCGCAAGGAUCACUUGCGCAAACACACGCGUUCGCAUAUUGCGCGUCGCGUCAAGUCGGAGGUCUCAGCCCAGAAUGUGAAUGGCAGCGCCGGGAACAAUGCGCAGAAUAAUGCGCUACACGGUUCCUGAGGUUCGUACAAGGACUUUUGGUAAAUUCACAAAUACAUUUCAUGCCCCAAAAGGCGGCUAAGUUGUUGCCACGCAAAUUGCAGCCGCAAAUUGUGCAUUUUUUUUGGCAAAAGCUGAGCUGCUUUUGAAAUGUGUUUGGAGUUUACCGAAGGUCCUGCUGAGCGUCACCCAAAUCCAAUAACCCUCUCAACAACAAAAAGAAAGAAACAAACAAAAAGUUAUACUACAGAAUGCAAGUAUUAGUUGAAUUUUGUUUUAAGACACUUUCAGUUCUUUAGCUUUGGUUCUUUCAGUUCAAGUUUUCGCACAAAAACAGUUAAGCAAAGUUUAGCAAUUUAAUGUACAAAAAACAAAACAAAACAAAACAAAACAAAACAAAAAUGGUGGAAAAGGGAAGCGAAAAGAAUUUCGAGUUGGAAUUUUAAAAUUAAAAUAUGCGCAUAGUUGGCUUUCAUUUCUUUAUGAGGAUCUGUGAUCUUUGCUGCAUAAACUAAAAAAAAAAAAAAUAAACAAAAAACAAAGCUUUUAAUUGUAAGCGAAUAAUUUUUAAUGGAAUACAAAUUUAUGUGCAAUUUUCAUUGAACACCAUUUUCAUUUGAAUUUUCUUUUUGUUUUUGUUUUUCGUUUUUUUCGCAACAACUUAAAUAAAUGUACUUAGAAUAAGUUUUGAAAAAUUACAAAAAACAAAUUCAUUUGAUGCGCAUAUUAAUUAAGUCAAAUUGUAACGGUAUAUAUGUAUAUAUAUAUACAUAAAUAUAUAUUUCUAGUCUUAUACUUUAUUUCAACACUUACGAGAGAAGAAGAAAAAUGUCAUGUAUUUUUAAGAAUUUUUAAACUUAAUGUUCAAAGUGAAGCAAACACUAAACAGUCGAAUGCAAUACAAGCUUGCAUCUUUGCAGGCCCAACUUCCAAUCGUCGUUUAAAUCAAACUAACUAUCCAUUCAAGAAAAUCAGACAGAUUACAAUACACCAAUUAAAAACAUACAAGUAUACUCUAUAGCUAUAGCCAACCUACCAUGCUUACCAAAAGAAUAAAAACAAAAACAAAAACAUAACUAUAAAAUACAAUACCACAAAUAUAUAUACACACCAUAUAUAAUCGAUCCAAAAAAAAAAAGAAAAAAAAGAUACCGCUCUAAAAAUAUAAAAAACAGAAAACAGCUAACCAAAAACAAUAACUGCAAAAAAAAACUCAAUAAAAGAAUAUUUUUUAUAUAAAUACAAAAGAAGAGAAAACCAACUUAUACCAAAAAAAUGAAAAAAGUUGAAGAAAAUGAAAAACAAAAUGGAUAAAGUAUAUGAAUGAAAGGCAUAAAACAAUAACCGAAAUAAAGUGCAAACACUUCGUGCAAGUGAAAACGUAAUUAACUGUUCAAAUACAUAGCAUUUUUUGAGAAUAACGAGAUUAAUGUAAAGAUCUAAACAAUACCAAUAUACAUUUUAUCAUAUGUGGUAACAGCAUAUUUACAUAUAGUUAUACGGAAUGCUUCAAACUAAUAUACAUUGAAAACAAAAACAAAACAAAAACAAAACAAAAAAAAAAACAAAAAAGUAUCUAAAACCAAAUAGUUGUAAUGCGGUGUUUCGGUUUUUCUUUCUUUUCACAUUCAAUUCUAUCUAUUUUCCUGAAAUCAACCACGAAAAUGUGCCUUGGGCAACAAGUUGUUCGAAAAUCGUAAUGGGUAUAAGACAGUUCUCUUAUAUUGUGAAUGCAAUUGGAAUCUGAUGCACGGCUCUCAACCAGUGCUGCCAACUGCCGCUACAAAAAAGUAGCUAUAAAUAGCUAUAAAAAGGUCUAGCUGAAUUAGCUUACUGAUUUGGCUACAAAAUAGCUAAAUUGUCACUAAUGCGCUCUUAUACGCAUUUCGAAGAGUUUUUCAAAGACCAAAUUACACGCAUUCAACUUGUUGCUCAUCGCAGCAUUUGAUUAUAAUUCCCAGUAUUUUGUUAAGCAUAUGUAUUUUGGCUACUUUUUAUUUUUUGCAUACCCAAUUGAUGUAGUGUCAUAUUUUGUGUAGUUAUCAAUGUACUAACUAUUUCACAUAUAUGUAUAAUGUAUAUGCUAAUUAUGUUCCAGGCAUAUUCAUAUAUAUAUUAUUAUUAUAUUAUAAUGUGUACGUGAUUGAAGAUUGUGCAGCAGCUUAAGGGGAAAUGGGAAAUUCUCGUUGGGGAUUUUCUGUUUAGUGGCUUUGUGCGUUGCUUUGAGUACAGAAAAUAAAUUCAAAUACUUGCAGUAAAGUACAAAUACUAAUUACAAAUACAAACAGAAACGCAAAACAAGCAGAAGCAACCACAACAAGCCACACAAAAGGCAAAUAAGCCAACAAAAUGUAUUAGCCAAAAGUUACAUAUAAACAAAUAGCCAGACAAAAACCGAAAACAAAUCAAGUUUAAGUACAGUUACUACUUUAUAGUAUAUAGCACAUUUUUGGCUAAGAUUUACGUAGUUUGCCUCCCAUUACACAAAUGUGUCAAUCUCAUAUAGACAAGAACUAACCGUCGAGUCGCAGAGCCCAUAAACAAAUAAGCAACCUUCGAAGCCCACGCAAACUUAUCUAAUUCGCAAUUGUUUUGGUUCCGUUUUUGCAUACUCUUAUAAAUCACAUAUAAGACAUUAUAAAACAAUAAGUUUAUAAACUUCAACAAAAAAAAAAUUGCAAUAAAUGACAAACAAAGGAAAUUAAAUCACUCAGGGAUGAAGCCUCCAAACAAAAAAAAAAAAAAAAAGUAAACUAAAAACAAAAAAUAUAAAGUAAAAAUGCAAUAUUUUAAAUGAAACUAAAUACAAAACAAAAAAAAAAACGAAACUAAAGCUAAAAAGAUACAUUUUAAAGUUAAAUAUUUUAGUGUAAAGCAAAAACAAAAGAAAGAAAAAAUUCAAAAAUUCAUUAGAAAUUUGCACAAAUUUUUGGCAUUUCAUAAAGAAAACUAAAAGAGCAUAAAACAGCAAAGAAAACGUAAACAAAACGAACUUAUAAACAAAACAUAUUUUUCCAAAUAUUAAUAAAAAAAAAAAAGAAAACUAAAUUGGUUUAGCGAAGGUAUAAAAGGCAGUAAAAAACAAAAUGAUUUAAAUUAUUAAAAAAA